ACGCCUUGCAGCCGCAAGCGCUGUCCAUAGCAUCCUCGGUUUCCGGUGAUAUCAAGACACGACAAUCGAUUCCUUUGAGACCCAUCACAUGCACGGCGUCAGCUGUACCACUUGCUAUUGGCGUGUGUAUACUCUCGCAUUUUAAUUCUGAUCUCUAGCUAUCGGUUCAUGCAGGUAUAAAAGGCCGGUUGCUCAAGACAGGACAACAACGGCGCACUUGUCGCAAUCCUCUCAGCGUCAUCAUUGCAUAUAACAAGUAUCUUCUCAAUCCAACAAUGAACAUUGCCGAUCUCAGGACGAACGUAUGCUACAACACAAUCUUCGAAUGCCCCAAUGGAGAUGAACUUGAACGCUUGAAUGAAUGGAUUGGAAAGCACGUCAUUAACAAGGACACAGUGGGAAGUGUCAAAUGCAGUGCGAAGCGCGACAAAAUCUUCCAGUAUGUGUUCAACGGUGUCAUUCAAAUCGAUGGCUGGAUGAACAGCGAGAGUACCAUUGGAGUGGUGCAUGCACAGCUUAGGUUGCCCUUGUAUCAAGGAAUCAUUUCGCUCGGCACCGUGAGCGGCUGCAUGAAAGACAGCGUCUCGAUGUUCGUUUGUCUGCAGCCGCUAGCGCAAGGGUGUCUAAGGUUCUAUGUCAAGGACGGAAGCGACUUGGUCGUGCGUCUGGAUGUAACGACUAAACUGGGCGAUGUGUUCAGGGAUGUCACCUUGUUUAAGAUUUGACGGAGUUUCGCGAUACGUACCUACCGAGCAGUGUUGUAGUACAAGCCCAUGGUAAUCAUAACAGCACGGAGCUAGUAUGCAUCCAAGCGAUAACAAUGCGG